AUGGCCACUGGUGCUGUUUCGCCGACCGAGAAGCCCGGCUUGGACAAGAGAAAACUGUCGGCGAAGAUGCUCGUGUCGCUUUACCCCAGGAUUCCAAAGACUGCCGCUGUGCUUCUGGACUUCUUCAUCAAGCGCGAAAGCAAGGUGUCUCUGAUGCGUGAGCCGCUGUCGCACUUCUGCCAGGAACAGGUGGUUCUCCACGCGCAAGAGUGCCUGCUCAAACUCAACAAGCAAGUCAUCACGUACCAGGACAUCCGCGAUAUGGUCGAGAAUUUGGUCGGCCUCCACAACAUGUGUAUAAAGAAAAAUACGGAAAUUGCGAAAGAACUCGGGGCCACCGUACGCAAGCUGACUAUCAUCGUGGGCGAGGUUGCGACAUCCUUGGAGAAGAUCGCCGAAGUGCCCAUCACGGAUUGGAUGGCCAUCGGUGACGCUAUUGUCAACAAGCUUGAACUGUUGAAUCCACCUAAACCACUUCCAUUCGCUACGUUUAUUCCGCGGAUGCGCGACUUCAAGAACCUGAAGAUGCUCGGAGCUGGCGGCUUUGGCCCGUGUGUCUGGGAUGUGAAUUUGCCACCAAGGCACGUGCACACAAACCCCGACGCCGAUCUGCAGAAUGUAAAAGCGUUCGUGCCCAAAUAA